UCCUCUCCUCUCCUAAGUUUUUACUCUCCAACCCCCCUCUCUCUCUCUCUCUCUCUCUCUCUAAAGCCGUGGCCUUAAACCUGCCCACGUUCUCUUUCUCUCUUCUUCUUCUUCUUCUUCUUCUUCUUCCCACGGCCAUACUCCAUGAGAAGAUGAAACCCUACUCCAUCGCCUCCACCUCCCCUCUCUCCCUCCUCCGCAAACCGCCGCACCCACCUCCCCUCCUCCUCCUCUCGCAUUCCCUCUGCUCGCUCUCCCCCAACGCAGACCACGGAGAGGACCCCUCCUUCCUCGCCUCCAAAGCCCUGGAGAUCCUCUCCCUUCCCCGGUGGAGAGAUAGCCCCGACCUCGCCCGCCUCGCCCCGGCCCUCCUCCCGCACCACGUCUCGCGGAUCAUCGGAUCCCACCGCGACGCCGCGAGGGCGUUGGAUUUCUUCAACUGGGUCUCUCAGAGGCAUUUCGUCAAACAGGACUUGGGCUGCUACUUCGCGCUGCUCGACCGGCUCGUCGCCGCUCGGAUGCUCGCGGCCGCCGGGAGGGUCCGGAUCCAGAUGAUCAAAUCGUGCCGGAGUAGGCAGGAGCUGACGCGGGCGAUCGAUUUCUUGGAUGUUAUUAGCAAAAGGGGCCUCAAUUUGGGUCUCUUCAGCUAUACUACGUUGUUAAUUCAAUUGGGUAGAUUUGAUAUGGUCGGGGUUGCAAUGAAUCUCUACCACCAGAUGUUGAGGAAUGGCAUCGAGCCCAAUCUCUUGACCUUCAAUACCGUCAUCAAUAUUUUGUGUAAGAAUGGGAAGAUCAAGGAGGCUGGGUUGAUUCUAAGUAGGAUUUUCCAGUGCAAAAUGAAGCCCGACACGUUCACUUUCACAUCCUUAAUGCUGGGUCAUUGCCGGAACCGCGAUCUGGAUUCAGCUUUUCGAGUCUUUGAUCAGAUGGUUAAUGAUGGCUGUGAACCUAAUUCAGCUACGUACUCUACACUGAUCAAUGGGCUAUGUGACGUAGGGAGAGUUGAUGAGGCAUUGGAUUUGAUGAACGAGAUGCCGGAGAGAGGUAUUGAGCCGACGGUCUACACGUACACUUUGCCGAUUGUCGUUCUUUGUAGCUUUGGACGCAUCAGGGAUGCGUCCAAUCUGUUUGUUGGAAUGCAAAAGAGAGGGUUGUUGCCGAAUGUUCAGACUUAUACGGCACUCAUUAGCGGGCUAUGCAGAUCGGAUUGGCUUGAAAUAUCAAUUGGUUUGUUUAAUAAGAUGGUGAGGGAUGGUUUGGUCCCAAGUACAGUAACCUAUAAUGCUUUGAUCAAUGGAUUGUGCGAUAACAGGAAAAUCGAUUUGGCUUUAAGAAUUUUCGAUUUGAUGGAGAUGAGAGGUUGCUUGCGGAAUUCCCUAACAUACAACGAGAUGAUAAAAGGGCUCUGUUUAGUGGAAAAGAUUGAAAAGGCGAUGGUUCUCUUUCAUAGGAUGCUAACAGUUGGCCCUUCAGCAAACCAAGUGACAUAUAACACUGUAGUAAAGGGAUAUUGUAACUUAGGCAAUCUUAAUAAUGCCCUUAGGGUGGUAGAUCUUAUGAAGGAACAUGGGUGCAAGCCUGAUGAGUGGACAUAUACUGAACUUAUUUGUGGGUUUUGUAAAGGAGGGAAGUUGGAAUUAGCUUCUAAGACCUUUGAAGAAAUGGUCCUCCAUGGUUUGAAUCCCAAUGAGGUAACUUAUACGGCUAUUAUAGAUGGUUACUGUAAGGACGGGAAAAUAGACAUUGCCUUGUCCUUGCUUGAAAAGAUGGAUAGAAGUGGUUGUAAACCAAAUGUGCAAACUUACAAUGCCAUAAUUAAUGGUUUAUCCAAGCAGAAUCAAUUGGCUGAAGCUCAGAGAUUAAGUAGAGAGAUGGUUCACGAGAAGCUCUUUCCUAACAUCGUUACUUAUACCGCAUUAAUUGAUGGUUUGUGUAAGAACGGUGCUACAUCCUUAGCACUAAAAAUAAUGGAAGAAAUGAAGGAGCGAGGGUGUUCACCUAAUCUUCAUACUUAUAGUGCUCUUUUAUGUGGUUUAUGCCAAGAAGGUAAUAUUGAGGAGGCCGAGAAGAUGUUUGCAUCGCUCGGCGAAAAAGGGUUGGUUCCUGAUCACGUUACAUAUACUUCAAUGAUUGACGGUUAUGCUAUGAUUGGUAGAGUUGAUCUUGCUUUAGAAUUCUUUAGGCAAAUGAUUGGUUCUGGGUGCAAGCCCAACUACCAGACGUAUGGUGUUCUAGUUAAAUGCUUGCUUAUGGAACACCAAAUAAUGGAUCAGAAACUUGCUGCUUUGCCAAAUUCAGUUUCCAGUUUUAGUUAUAGUGAGAAGGUUAUUAACAACGAGUUGGUUUCUAACUUGUUAGCUAAGUUAGAAGAGUUUGGAGUUGAAUUGACAAUUGAUGUAUAUAGAAUGAUAGCAAGUGGUUUAUGUAGAGAAGGAAGAUGGUUUGAGGCAUAUCAGUUGGUCAGUAGUAUGAUUGACCAAAAGUUAUCACCAGAUGGGGAGAUAUAUAAUUCUUUGCUACAAGUACUUGCAAGUAACUUAGAAGUAGAUCUUGCGUCAGAAAUUUUCGAUAAGAUGACUGCUCAAGGCUUUGAGCUGCAUCUAACUGGCUAUAAAGCACUAAUAUGUGCUUUAUGCAAAGUUGGCAGGACAUCAAAAGCCCAAAGUAUAUUUCGAAACAUGCUCGCACAGCUUUGGAAUCCUGAUGAGAUCGCAUGGACCAUCCUCAUUGAUGGACUGAUGAGGGGAGGACAUCAAGAUUUAUACAUGACAUUUCUUCACAUUAUGGAAACUAAUGAUUGUAAACCUAGUUUCCAUACAUAUGUUAUCCUAGCGAGGGAAACAUCCAAAGAAUAGUUGAUUGAAAUAUUUUCAGUUCUCAACACACUGAUGAUAUGAGGAUCACGAAUGUGUGUGGCUCAAUAAUCAAGCUAUAUGCUCUGGCAUUAGAGAUGUGGAAUUUUGAACUGGAGGAUAUUUAUUUGGGGAAGAGAUGAUGGCUGAGUGAAUUGAUUAGACACUUUUGCCAUUCGCCAGAAGUGAACUUCUUCUGUCUAUUCAACUUCCUGACCUGUAUAAGUGGUGAUGGAGUGAACUGUUGCCAAGUUGGAGCUAACUGUUGCCAAGUUGGAGCUAAACACAUGAAAAGUUCUUGUGUCAUCCUAAUCAGAAUGUUCCCAUUCAAGGAGCUUGUGAAGUUUGGGUUGGAAUUAUUUGAAGCGUUACUGGAUGAACUGCAUCCCCAGGUUAGAUGGGGACAUAUCUUAACACAAUUCUGAAGAAGCAUGGGAAGAAGCUAUCAAUCAGCAUUCAUUGGAUACAGUUUUUUUGAAAAAAGUUGGUCCUUGUAUGCACUUCAAUAAUUUACUUCUUGAAUUUUUUAGAUUUGGGACAACCAGCCGUUGAGAAGAUGUAGUUAUGCUAACCUCGUCCCAAAUUUCACAUUUUCACCUAACUAUUCUGUCAACUGACACAAGCUCAUUAUAGAGAACUCUUGCCAGGUUACUUUUGUUACGCCAAUAUUUGAUUGGAGAUGCUUCCAUAUUUGUCAGGUGUUCUUCUCUCUAUGAACUAUUUCGACUGGUAGAGGAGAUUAAAUUGUAAAGAAUGGUAGUUUCCUCAGACCAUCUGACACAGAAGGUGUUAUGGGAGCAUCAUUGAGUGUGAUGAUUAGGACUUCUUUAAAUGCCUUGAUGGUGUAAGUUGAAGCUGUAGAAUGUCAUCUGUUAAAGAAACUUAGUAGGUGGCGAGUGAGGUUUUGGGAAGAAGGACAGGUAGCUUGGGAUAAUUUCAUGAAUCGUUAUCAGAAAGAUUGAUUAUGAUAUUUAUGGUUAUCAGGAAAAUUAAUUAUGACAUUUAUGAUUAUUUAAAUGUGUCUUUGUAAUAUUAUUACUUUUUGCAGGCAUAUAAAAUUGAAAAUUACUUUACCUACUUAAAUCUCUUUACAUAGGUUAGAAAAUGUAAUAAGCAGGUUGGGUUAAGUUGACCAAGCUCUCUCAUAGCUUUGUUUUGCGGGGUGCUACUAAUAGAACUAAUUUUGUUAUUAAUAGGUAAAUUUACAAUCAUUAUUUACCGAUUAAAUUUGAUCAUAUUGAAUCAA